GGCUUGGUUGCUUUAAGGAAUUUUUAAAAUAUUUAUUUUUCUCCCAACAAAAGAAAGUCUUGUCAGCCAACGAAGACCAGAAGCGCGCGGUUGCCGGCAAACCCCUCCGUCUCUGUCUCUGUCUCUCUCGCGCGCGGCCAUAACAAAAAGAAACCAAAGUCAAGUCAAGCUCUCAUCUCUGGUGAUCUCAUCUCCAUUUCCUAGGGCCGGUGAUGAAUACUAAUAAUAAUCAAAUGGAGGAGAGCACAGGGUCUGGUGGAAGGGGGAAUUUCCUUUAUUCAUCCAUAAAUAGUAUGGGAGGUGGUAAUAAUAGUAAUUACGGGAGAGGAAAUCAUGAUCAUCGUCAAUUGUCGGUCAACAGUUUUCAUCUUCAGUCAACCACUGCUGGAGGAGAUCACUGUAGUACUGGUGGUUUUCCUCCUCCUCAUCCUCAAUCUCAUCAUAAUCUUAAUAAUCCUCAUCAGCCUAUAGUGAAAACUGAAGCAACCACUUCACAUCAUCACCAUAAUCAACAUGUUCAGAAAUUUCACUACGAUCCUAAUCUAAUGACUACUCGAGAUCAUCAUCAUCAGACGGUUCAGCACCAAGUACUUCAUCAUCAGUUGCCAGAAAGUCAAGAAGAUCACGAUCAACCUCAACACCACCGCUCUAUCAAAGAAGUUGAAACCAUUAAAGAUAAGAUCAUUGCUCACCCUCAGUACUCCAAUCUCUUGGAAGCUUACAUGGAUUGCCAAAAGGUUGGUGCUCCGCCUGAUGUGGUGGCUCGGCUCGGAGCGGCUCGUCAGGAUUUUGAGUCGCGGCAGCGAUCUCUAGUUAGCUCUAGAGACUCUUCGAAAGACCCAGAACUCGAUCAAUUUAUGGAAGCUUAUUACGAUUUGUUGGUAAAGUAUCGGGACGAACUGACUAGGCCCAUUCAAGAAGCCAUGGAUUUCAUGCGAAGAAUCGAAACUCAGCUUAACAUGCUCAACAAUGGUGGUCCUGUACGGAUCUUCACUUCCGAGGUUGAGAAAUGUGAAGGGGUGGGUUCAUCGGAGGAGGAUCAGGACAACAGUGGUGGGGAAACGGAAGUAGCAGAAAUAGAUCCACGUGCUGAAGACAGAGAGCUAAAGAACCACCUAUUGAGGAAAUACAGUGGUUACUUGAGUGGGCUUAAGCAAGAACUCUCCAAGAAAAAGAAAAAAGGUAAAUUGCCUAAAGAUGCUAGGCAGAAGCUUCUCAAUUGGUGGGAGUUACACUACAAGUGGCCUUAUCCUUCGGAGACAGAGAAGGUGGCUUUGGCGGAGUCAACUGGUUUGGAUCAGAAACAAAUAAAUAAUUGGUUCAUAAAUCAAAGGAAGAGACACUGGAAGCCUUCUGAAGAUAUGCAGUUCAUGGUUAUGGAUGGUCUGCACCCACAAAAUGCCGCUCUCUACAUGGAUGGUCACUACAUGGGCGACGGCCAUUACCGUCUUGGGCCAUAGUACAAAUGCUGCUGCUGCAUGCCUUUUCUUCUUCAUCUCUUCUGACAAUAAUUCUAUAAUUCUAUAUAUAUAAAUAUAUAAAUAUAUAUAUUAUAUUUAUAUAGUGAUCAAGAAUUUUUAGCUGGCUAGCUUGAAAAAUUAAGCUGAGCUAGUUAAUUAUUUGAUAUUUCUUCUUAAGGCAGGUAUAGUUGAACUUAGCUUUUCAGUUAUAGUGUUUUGUGAUUUUAAGUAACACGAAGUUAUGGAACGUUCUAUAUUCCAAUUUGAUUUUUGUGUUUUAUGUUAUGUAUGGGAUAUGUGGACUAAAUAUAUAUUACAUCGUUUCAUAUACUGCAUGUUAAAGAAAAAUAAAGGUGACUUUUAUUCAAGCUACUAUUAUUUAA